AGUGUUUUCAGAACUACUAGCAAAAAGUUACUUGUAUACGAAAACUCAUCUGUCUAAAGUGAAUUUGCAUUUCCCAGACAGACAUCUGAAAGAAGUUAUGGCUCGGAGGACCUUCAUCUUGCGGUGCAGGCACAUUCUUCAAGACUGUACACGGCGUCUGUUGAUGGACGAUGUUGGAUCUGGUGUGCAACUCUUAACAUUGACGAGGCUAGAGACAAUGCACAGAAGCCUCCAGUGGGCAAGGGGAAGACUGAUCAAUGUCACAGCUGCAGACCAACUUCUCAGCGACUUGGCUGAAUUAAUUCAGGAGGUCAGAAUGUCUUCUCAGCCCGGGCAACAGGGUAGUUUUGGCUACCAGGCACCGCUGGUUUUGAGUGGAGGUAGAGGUCGACCACAUUACUGUGUCACUCGGGAACAGCUGUCAUUCUUAAGGUCAUGUGGCUUCACUGCACCCCAGAUGGCAGAUAUUCUGCAUGUGUCUGUGCGUACAGUUAGACGACGUUUGAGACAGUUACACUGCACUCGCGCUUCAUUGUAUGCAGACUUGACCGAUUCUGCCCUAGAUGAACAUGUGCAAGACAUUGUGGCUGGCAAUGACCUAGUUGGUCCUGAGGCUGUGAGGGCAUCGCUGCAUGCAAGUGGACUCCGUGUGCAGAGAAGGAGAGUGCGAGCAAGCAUGAUUCGAUUAAAUCCUGGAGCUGCUGCGCUUCGAGCAGUUCUGCAGAGACCAGAGCGACGGUCUUAUCAGGUGGCAGGUCCAAACUCAUUGUGGCACAUUGAUGGAAACCACAAGCUGAUAAGGUGGCGGAUAGUUAUUCAUGGGGCUAUAGAUGGGUUUAGUCGCCUUGUGGUCUUCCUGCGUGCCUCCAACAACAACCGCAGCAGCACUGUGUUGGACAGCUUCAUCAGUGCUGUGAUCCACUAUGGCAUACCCUCCAGGGUCAGGACGGACAGAGGAGGUGAGAACAGCGCAGUCUGGCUGAUGAUGAACAUCUACAGAGGCUUUGACCGUGGCAGUGCUCUCCGAGGCCGGAGUACCCACAAUCAGAGAAUUGAGAGGCUCUGGGGUGAUCUCUGGCGUGGACUGACGAAUGUCUAUUAUGACUUAUUCCACCAUCUGGAGAGCGAGGGCAUCAUUAAUGUUGACAGUGAGAGGGACCUCUGGGCUCUCCAUUAUGUCUAUCUGCCAAGGAUCAACCGGGACUUAAACGACUUUACAAAUCAAUGGAAUAACCAUGGUUUGAGAACAGAGAGACACAUGAGCCCACUACAGAUUUUUGUUAGAGGCUGCCUUGAGCAACAGGGCCGACCAUCAACUGCCAUGCAGGACAUCUUUGUGGCCAGUGCUGCUGGUGGUGGUGGUCAAGAAGCUGCUGCUGGUGGUGGUGGUCAAGAAGCUGCUGCUGCUGCAGCUGGUGGUGGUCAAGAAGCUGCUGCUGCUGCAGCUGGUGGUGGUCAAGAAGCUGCUGCUGCUGCAGCUGGUGGUGGUCAAGAAGCUGCUGCUGGAAUUCCUAGGACAGAAGAGCUGGAGUUGCUGCUAGACUGGCCAGAAAGACGGAUUACUGUGCCUGACAUCCAGUACAUGUUGGAAGGUCCUGUAAUGGAGGAAGUGCAAGCACGGUUCGACCCACUCAGUGGCCCCAGAGGAAAUCAUGGCAUACAGAUUAUCCGUGAUCUUGUAUCCUUUUUGGAUUCAGCGUUGGGAUCACAGGGACUUCACAGAUGAAGGUGUUCAUAUUUGAUCUUAACUGAACUUUCUUUCAUGUGAGUCAUUGAACUUGCUCAGGAAUCCCCAAAAAGGCAGUAGUGAAAAAGAAAUGUAUUGGGUUGGAGGCAGGGAUGCCCAUGUAGGGCUUUUGUACUUUUGACAACUUUUUCCACCACUGUGAAAGACGUACUUUGUAAUCUAUUAAAAUUCUGUCCCUAUUUUCCCUUUUAAAUUCUUCCAUCCACUAGAUACAACGUGGAUGGCACCACUCAGAUGACUGGGAAGCCUAUCUGUCCCCAUCUCUUAAAAGAAGAGUAUCACCACAGCAGCCCCACUGUGCGCAUCCAGCCAGCCAGUUAAAGAGCUGAAGUUCAAACAGCCCCAAGAACUGAAGGUUUUGCCCAAGAACUUCCACUCACCCUACGAUGGACUGGACCACGAGUGAUGCCCGUCACCAGCUGGAGCCUCACGCAGACGCGCACACACACACACUGAUGU